UCCGUGGGCAGAUAUGGUUGAAUGAAGAGUUUUCGCUGGCUGAAACAGGGCUCUGCGUUAAUUGCUCAUCGCUUCACUAUCACCGUGCAAUACUUUUGGGGAAGAGAUCGAAAAAAAGAGCUUCAAGCGCCAAUCUCCACACAGGAGCUCAAGAGAAAGGCGUUCUUCUCUUGGCAGAUCCUUCAUCGGCACCUUCAGUGUAUGAGGAAUCAGACGGCAAGGAUCACUGUGUGGAUUCUUUAAUCUAAAGAGACCAAAUAUUGGACUUCUUUUAAAUAUAUAUACAGACACAAACUUUCUGUAAAAAAAAGCAUCCAAGCUUGUUCCGAAGUUUGAUCGCGAUGGAAGUCGAUCAGCCUCGCUGGAUGAGUCACCAUCAUCCCGCGGUGUUAAAUGGACAACAUCCCGAUUCUCACCACCCGGGUCUUGGCCAUGGCUAUGUUGACUCGGCGCCGUACCUCCCGUCCGAAGAAGUGGAUGUACUCUUCAAUAUCGACGGCCAAGCCAACCACGUUGCCUCGUACUAUGGAAACUCGGUCAGGGCAGCCGUACAAAGAUACCCCGCUCCCCACCACGGGGGUCAGGUUUGCCGCCCUCCUCUGCUCCACAGCUCUCUGUCCUGGCUCGAUGGAGGAAAAGCCCUUGCAUCUCAUCACAAUGCUUCUCCUUGGAACCUGAGUGCUUUCAGCAAGGCCCCUCUCCACCACAGCUCCCCUGGAGCGCUUUCCGUUUACCCUCCGUCCUCAUCAGCAUCCCUCUCAGCGGGACACUCCAGCCCUCAUCUCUUCACCUUCCCCCCCACCCCACCCAAGGAUGUCUCCCCGGACCCCACUAUCUCCACCCCUGGGUCCACCAGCAGCAGCCGCCAGGAGGACAAGGAGUGCAUCAAGUACCAGGUGUCCCUGGCAGAGGGCAUGAAGUUGGAGACGGGAUCCUCUCACCCUAGAAGCAGCAUGGCAUUAGGAGGGUGCUCAACUGCCGCCCACCACCCUCUGACUACUUACCCAUCUUACGUCCCUGAAUAUGGCACCAGCCUCUUCCCAUCUGGCAGCCUGCUCGGAACGUCUCCCCCAAGUUUCUCAUCCAAAGCAAGACCCAAAGCACGCUCUAGCACAGGGGAUCGCGAAAAAAUACUUCGUGACUGUAAAUUGCACCAUUUGGAAGUUGACCGAGCAAGCUGUAGUGAUCUGGGGAUAUGUGCAUUCGACAUUUUAAUAGAAGGUCGAGAAUGUGUGAACUGCGGAGCCACGUCGACCCCCCUGUGGAGGAGGGACGGGACUGGGCACUAUCUGUGCAAUGCCUGCGGUCUCUACCACAAGAUGAACGGGCAGAACCGACCUCUUAUCAAACCUAAGCGGAGACUGUCUGCUGCCAGACGGGCGGGCACAUCCUGUGCAAACUGUCAGACCACUACCACCACUCUGUGGAGACGGAACGCCAAUGGAGACCCCGUGUGCAAUGCCUGUGGGCUCUACUACAAACUCCACAAUAUUAAUCGACCUCUGACCAUGAAGAAAGAAGGAAUUCAGACUCGGAACCGGAAGAUGUCUAGCAAGUCCAAGAAGAGCAAAAAGACCCACGAUGGUCUGGAUGAGUUUUCAAAGAGCCUCAUGGACAAGGCCAGUUCGUUCAGCCCCACUGCUCUGACGAGACACAUGUCGCCGAUUCACCACAUCCCACCAUUCAGCCACUCAGGCCACGUGCUGACAACACCAACCCCAGUUCAUCCAUCCUCUGGUCUGUCGUUUGGACCUCACCACCCCUCUAGUAUGGUCACUGCGAUGGGGUAGAAAUCUACAGUGGAAAGCUGCAGAGCAUGCCUGCUUUGCAUUAACAUUGUCCACACAUGGGAUUAAAUCAAAAUGCGUCUCUUUUCAGAUGAUAGGAAAUCUCUGAGACUGAGCAACCAUAAACUCUCCUUCAAUUAACAAGCUUUGCCUCAGAUACAGAGUUUCCCUAGAUAUCACCUAUAAGUAGCUCGGUAUGCUGUGUGUGUGUAUACUGAGUCAACAGCCAUCAUUUGUGAAUACACCACCGUAGUCUUGUCACCUGUUUAUUUGUGAGACAGGAUCUUGUGCUGUGAAAUACCAUUUUAAACAAGAUACCACCAACCCUUCCUUCUUUGUAUCCACCUUCGGCCAAAUCCCAGCCCUCUGCUCCCACCUAAAUCCUGAAAAUAACUGUAAAAAAAUAUACAAGGAAGAGUGGUCAACCACGAGACUGUGUGGGGCUUCUUCUGUGCAAUGUGAGCAGUCAUGGAUAAGUGGACUAUCGCACCAAGAGAGAGAAAGAGAGAGGCACACAGAUUCUGCAGGAGGAGACAGCAAACUCACCAAAGAGAGCCAGACUAUCCUCUUUGCUCGUAAAACUGCCGAAAGCUAACUCCCAGAUCUACUGUCUCACACCAGCGGAAGUUAUUUGAUGCAUUGCCUUGUAGACAGACCAUUUAUCUGGCCUUCAGCCUCCACAUAGGAAGUACUAUCAGUUGCAAGCAAUCAGUGUAAUACACAGAUAUUACCAAUGAAGAAUCUGGACGUCUAUUGUCCCUGGAUGAAAUGCAUUGUGAACAAGUUCCUGUAGCUGUUGUUUGUAAGUAAUUCAGGCUACCAGAAGAAGAUGUAGAAGAAUUAUUUCAUUACACACUGUACAAGCUGGAUGGUUGUAUACAUUUAACAAUUAUAAUUGCUAGUGGAUUAAAAGAAAAGACUGCUACGGUUUUGUUGGAUAAUUUUUUAAAGAAAAAAUAAACUAGACUUAAUUUUGUU